CCCGCGGCCCCGGAGCCAUGAACUUCCAGGCGGGCGGCGGACAGAGCCCGCAGCAGCAGCCGAGCCUGGCGGCUCCGGGGGGCGGCGGCGGCGGCGGCGGCGGCGGGGGCGGCGGCGGCGGCGGCGGCGGCGGCGCGGGGGGCGGCGGGCAGUUCGGCGGGGCGGGCCCCGGGGCCGGGGGCGGCGGCCCCUCGCCUCAGCUGGCCGGCGGGCCCCCGCCGCAGUUCGCGCUCUCCAACUCCGCGGCCAUCCGCGCCGAGAUCCAGCGCUUCGAGUCCGUGCACCCCAACAUCUACGCCAUCUACGACCUGAUCGAGCGCAUCGAGGACCUGGCGCUGCAGAACCAGAUCCGGGAGCACGUCAUCUCCAUCGAGGACUCGUUCGUGAACAGCCAGGAGUGGACCCUGAGCCGGUCUGUGCCGGAGCUGAAAGUGGGCAUCGUGGGGAACCUCUCUAGUGGGAAGUCUGCCCUCGUGCACCGCUAUCUGACGGGGACGUAUGUCCAGGAGGAGUCCCCGGAAGGGGGUCGGUUUAAGAAAGAGAUUGUGGUGGAUGGCCAGAGUUACCUGCUGCUGAUCCGAGACGAAGGCGGCCCCCCCGAGCUCCAGUUUGCCGCCUGGGUGGACGCGGUAGUGUUCGUAUUCAGCCUGGAGGACGAGAUCAGCUUCCAGACGGUGUAUAACUACUUCCUGCGGCUCUGCAGCUUCCGCAAUGCCGGCGAGGUGCCCAUGGUGCUGGUGGGCACUCAGGACGCCAUCAGUGCCGCCAAUCCCCGGGUCAUUGACGACAGCCGGGCCCGCAAGCUGUCCACAGACCUAAAGCGCUGCACCUACUACGAGACCUGUGCCACCUACGGGCUCAAUGUGGAGCGCGUCUUCCAGGAUGUGGCCCAGAAAGUAGUGGCCUUGCGGAAGAAGCAGCAGCUGGCCAUCGGGCCCUGCAAGUCCCUGCCCAACUCGCCCAGCCACUCGGCUGUGUCCGCCGCCUCCAUCCCGGCCGUGCACAUCAAUCAGGCCACGAAUGGCGGCAGCAGCGCCUUCAGCGACUACUCGUCCUCCGUCCCCUCCACCCCUAGCAUCAGCCAGCGGGAGCUGCGCAUCGAGACCAUCGCCGCCGCCUCCACCCCCACGCCCAUCCGCAAGCAGUCCAAGCGGCGCUCCAACAUCUUCACGUCUCGAAAGGGUGCCGACUUGGACCGAGACAAGAAGGCCGCGGAGUGCAAGGUGGACAGCAUCGGGAGCGGCCGGGCCAUCCCCAUCAAGCAGGGGAUCCUGCUGAAGCGGAGUGGCAAGUCCCUGAACAAGGAGUGGAAGAAGAAGUACGUGACGCUCUGUGACAACGGGCUGCUCACCUACCACCCCAGCCUGCACGAUUACAUGCAGAACAUCCACGGCAAGGAGAUCGACCUGCUGCGGACCACAGUCAAGGUGCCCGGGAAGCGCCUGCCCCGAGCCACGCCCGCCACCGCCCCGGGCACCAGUCCCCGCGCCAACGGGCUGGCCCUGGAGAGGAGCAGCACGCAGCUCACCGGGGGCCCAGGUGCUCCCCACUCGGCCAGCAGCUCCUCCCUGCACUCGGAGCGCCCCUGGGCCCCCCCGCGCCUGGAGGGGCUGCACCAGCGCUCCUGCUCCGUGUCCAGUGCCGACCAGUGGGGCGAGGCGGCCGCCCUGCCCCCCGGCCUGCAGCUCCCUGCCAGUGGCCCAGCCGAGGUGCUCAGCUCCAGCCCCAAGCUAGAGCCUCCCCCAUCUCCCCACUCCAACCGGAAGAAGCACCGUCGGAAAAAGAGCACCACCGGGACCCCCCGACCAGACGGCCCUGGCAGUGCUGCUGAAGAGGCCGAGGAGUCCUUCGAGUUCGUGAUCGUGUCCCUCACCGGGCAGACGUGGCACUUCGAGGCCUCGACGGCCGAGGAGCGCGAGCUGUGGGUGCAGAGCGUGCAGGGCCAGAUCCUCGCCAGCCUGCAGGGCUGCCGCAGCGCCAAGGACAAGACACGCCUGGGGAACCACAACAGCGCGCUGGCCGUGCAGGCCGUCCGCACCGUCCGGGGCAACAGCUUCUGCAUCGACUGCGAAGCUCCCAAUCCGGACUGGGCCAGCCUGAACCUGGGGGCGCUGAUGUGCAUCGAGUGCUCGGGCAUCCACCGGCACCUGGGCGCGCACCUCUCCCGGGUCCGCUCUCUGGACCUCGACGACUGGCCGCCCGAGCUGCUGGCCGUCAUGACCGCCAUGGGCAACGCCCUGGCCAACAGCGUCUGGGAGGGAGCGCUGGACGGCUACGCCAAGCCCGGGCCUGAGGCCUGCAGAGAGGAGAAGGAGCGCUGGAUCCGCGCCAAGUACGAGCAGAAGCUCUUCCUGGCCCCGCUGCCCGGCUCGGACGUGCCCCUGGGGCAGCAGCUGCUCCGGGCGGUGGUGGAGGACGACCUGCGGCUGCUGGUGGUGCUGCUGGCCCACGGCUCCAAGGAGGAGGUGAACGAGACGUACGGCGACGGCGACGGGCGCACCGCGCUGCACCUGUCCAGCGCCAUGGCCAACGUGGUCUUCACGCAGCUGCUCAUCUGGUACGGGGUGGACGUGAGGAGCCGGGACGCCCGCGGCCUGACCCCCCUGGCCUACGCCCGCCGCGCCGGCAGCCAGGAGUGCGCGGACAUCCUGAUCCAGCACGGCUGCCCCGGGGAGGGCUGCGGCCUCGCCCCGACCCCCGGCCGGGAGCCGGCCAACGGCGCCUACGACGCCCAGGACGACGGCAAGGGGGCCCGGAGGACUCCGUGACCCGGUGACCCCGCCACCGCGGGCCCCGGAGGAACGGCCGCGCGGAGGAGCCGGGCGGCACGGCGAGAGGGAG